UUCCUGUGCCCCCAGCUUCCCCCCCCCCGCGGCCUGUGAGGCGGGGCGCCUGCGCGGAGCCGGCUGCCGGGAGGGCCUCGCUGGCGGCGGGCAGAGAACCGGCGGUUUUUCCCCUUCGACACCCCCGGACCGGGCAGGGCCCGUGAGGAGAUGGCGGCGGCGGCUCUCUGAGUGAGUGGCAUCAGAUGGCUUCAGGAAGCGAGGAAUCAUAUGCACUUGGCGAGUGUUCUUUAGGAGAGAGUUCUUUGUACCCUGGUUUGUCAAAUUCUGCUGUUCAAGCACAGACAUCUGGCCAUCUGCAUUCUGCAAUGGAGGCUUUGCCUAACCAGCCACCUCCGCUAAAUGCAGGAGCAGGUUUAUGUGGGACUGAUGCAGAGCUGCAGAAAAUGUUAAUUGAUGAGCGAAUGAGAUGUGAACAUCACAAAACCAACUAUCAGACGCUGAAGGCUGAACAUACAAGGUUGCAGGACGAGUACACAAAAGCUCAGCAUGAAUUAAAACGACUACUCACAGAUAAACAGAGCACCCAUGAGAAAUUCCAACUACUUCUAGCUGAACUGAGGGGGGAAUUAUUAGAUAAAACAAGGGAGCAAGAAGAACUGAAAAUGCAGGUGUUAACACCUCAAAAGCUGGAGCUUCUGAAAGCGCAAAUUCAACAAGAUCUGGAGGUACCAAUGAGAGAGCGCCUCAGGAAACAAGAGGAGGAAGCUGAAAGGUACAGGACAGAAUAUAAUAAGUUGCGUUAUGAAUACACUUUCCUAAAAUCAGAACUUGAACAUCAAAAGGAAGAAUACGAACGACUCUUGGCUGAGAAGGUGAUUCGAUUUGAAGCUGAGAUUGCUCGACUGGACGCUGACAAACAGGCUCUGAACGACCAGAUAAUGAAUAUUGACCCCACCAGAGACAGUAAACGUGUGGAAGCACUCCUGAGAGAAAAGGCUCAACUCUGUCAGAAGGUCAAGAGUUUGGAGGCUGAGGUUGCAGAGCUGAGGGCUGAGAGGGAAAAUUCCGGCUUGCAAGCUGAAAAUGUGCAAAGAAUACAAGUCCGGCAGUUAGUUGAAACCCAAGCUCUUGUGAAGUCUUUGGAGGCAGAGAAGCAGUCAAUUAAACUUCAGCAGGAGCGUUUGGAGAAGGAACUGCAGCUGGUUCUUGAACAGAAUACUCAGCUGACCAGCAAGUUGUUUAAGGCAGAGCGAGAAGUUAAUGCUUUAUCCAGCAAACUUGAAGAAUGCAAACACACUCAUAAACUGGAAAUUGCAAACAUCAAACUAGAAGCAGCAAGAGCCAGAGGAGAGAUUGAGAGAGAGAGGGAUAACAUGCAAAGUGAAAUGAAUGGGUUGCAGUCAGAUAUUGACAUUCUCAAGGCCAAUAUUGUAAGACACAAAGAGCUCUUGACAGAAAAGGAGAGGGAACUAAUUCGGAAAGUGCAGGCAGCUAAAGAGGAUGACUUCCAGAAGCUUACAGCACUCCAAGAUGAAAGGUUAGAACUAGAGAAUAAAGUUGCUGACCUCGAAAGACUGAAGGCUGAGCAAGAUUUAACCUGGCAAGCUGACAAAGAGCACAUGGAAGAGAAACUGCAUGCUUUACAGCUAGCAGAGGAAGCAUCCAAGAGGGAGAUCCAGAAUCUCAGGUCAAAACUUCAGCAGCAAGUACUUCAAACUGAAGAACUUGAAAAAGAAAAGAAUGACAGUGCUGAGUUAAGACAGCAAAUUAGUGAAAUGCAGAUGCAGCUUAACACUCUGUCACAGUCAGAGAAUGACUUACUGAAUAACAACAGCAAAAUGCGGGAAAUGUUAGAGCGUUUAAAAGAGGAAAUACGAAAUGCAAGAAGCCAAGCUGAACGGACACAGCAUGAAUCUGAAAAGCUGGUGGAAGAGAAGCGAGUAGAGUGGAUGGAAGAGAAACACAAGCUGCAGAGUCGCACUGCAGAGCUGGAGGAGAAAUACUGCCAGGCCAAAGACCGGCUGCAGCGUGCUGCUUUAGCUCAAAAGAAGAGGAAAGCACUGAAUGAAAGCAAGCAGAAAAGAUUACAGGAGAAAGUCCAGCUGCUGGAGGCAAAGAAAGAAGAGCUGGAAAUUGAGAAACAUACAUACAAACAAAAUGUUCCCUAUGAAAGCCACGCAAGACUUCAGAAAAGAUUAAAGGAUUUGCAGCGUAGACAUAAUGAAUUCCGAAGGCUGUUUUUGGGGCCAAAUUUUUCACCUACUGGCCUGUGUAAUUCAACCAAUUUUUUACCAUCCACCUUCAUGCAAGGCACCGAAGCAACGUGUAUGAAUGUUCAGGAAGAACAACAUCAAAGAGAGCUGUGUCUGCUCCGCAAGCGAUUGGAGGAACUGGAGACUAAUCAGAAACAGCAGUUACAUGAACUUGGUGCUCUCGAUUGAUCCGAUGUUUACAGAGCUGUGAGACUUCAAAUAUCUUUGGGUUUAUUCUGUUCUUGUUUGACGUGCAAUCAUUUGUUUGGUGCCAGCAACUAAUUGCAGUUUUGAAUUUGGAGCUAAUUGUCUACAGGUUGAGCACACCAUAUGAAACAUGUUUACAUGAAGCUGCAGAUUAUCUCAAUUCUUUACGAAUCACUUCUUGUGCCUUGAUGUAAAUUCUGAUCUGAAAGCCCAGUGUGUUGAUGAGCUGUAAUAAUAUUUCUCAACUUACAGUCAUCCUUUACCCCAUUUCCACCUUGUGAAUGAGAUUUGGUCAGGACUUUAUGAAGGAGCAUUCUUCCAUCUUUGCAACUCUGUGUUUGUAGAAGUCCAAAGAGAGAUUAAGCAGUGUUGGGAAGUAUGUAAUAUGCUGCAGAAAAGCUGUUUUUCCAACUUAAUGUAUGAGGUUCUGAAAAUAUACUCAGCAGCUGGAAUAUUAUAGGUACUUCCUUAUACUUCCAGUUAAUCUGCUUCCUUAAUCCUGACAUUUUACCAAACCUGGAGGUCAGUUAGACAAUUUACACUUAACUUUCUAGUCUCUGUAUUAAGAUACCUUGCAAAUAUAGUCCCUGAUGGCUCAAUUGCUUAACUUUAUUUUUGGGUAAUUCCAGCAUGAAAGAAGAAAAGGAGUAGGUUAGAAAGCUACUCCUUUUCCAAAGCACUGAUGAUUACCACUCAGGUCAGACACAAUUCAGUCUGACGUAAGAGAAUUAGGAGCACUCUCUCUCCCUAUCAAAAACCAUUGACAUUGACCAUGGAAACAUCUAUUGAGCCAAAAAUAGGUGGAGGUUUACACUAAAAUAAAACAAAGAACUGCAGAUGCUGAAGAAUUGAAAUAAAAACAGAAAUUGUUGGGGAAUUAGCUAGUCUAGCAGCAUCCAUGGUGAGAAAGCAGAAUCAAAGUUUCAAAUCCAAUGACCUUGGAUCCAAUUCUGAUGAAGGAUCACUGGACUCCACAUUGACUCUGCUUUCUCUCCACACAUGCUGCCAGAGCUGCUGAAUGUCUCCAACAAUUUCAGUUUUCAUUACAGAUAGAGUUACGUUGGAUAGGGUAUCAAAGAAAACCACAUUACAAUCAGUAAUUAGCGAUUAGGUACAGAUGAGUUGUGAUCUGGAUUGAAUGUUGGAAUGGAAUUAAGGGGCUGAAUGGCCGCCUCAUGGCCAUUUUGUUCUUUAGUGCCUUUUCUAAGAAAACUUGAGGUUUUGUUUCAAUUUGCCCUGUAUUGGAAUAGAGAAAUUCUCAUUCCAAAUAUCAAUUUACUUUCUCUUCUGGAAUGAAGAGGUGGCCUGCCUUCAGGUACACAGUCCUGUUCUUUUUAACCAGCUUUACUGAAGUGAGGUUUGUUCGUGUUUUCUCUGCUUAAUCUGAGGUUUGAAAGCAGCCUUUUAAACUACACUUGGAAAAACGAAAGAAGAUUAGACUCAAACACUAAAUGCUGCUGAGGUUUUUAAAAUUCCCAAAUCUAAACCUUUGGGAAUUAGAUGUGGUGGAGGGAAAUUAAAAGGGAGAAAAGUGAGAUUUAUGGAAUAAAAAUUGUUGAUUCCCCAAGUUUCUUUCUGCUACUUUGAAGCAUUCAUGGAUUCAUGGCUAAAUCCAGUGUUCCUGCACAGCAUGGGGUAAACUAACACCAGAUAACAGUGAUGUGGCCGUGCCGAUGUUGGACUGGGGUGGACAAAGUUAAAAAUCACACAACACCAGGUUAUAGUCCCAACAGGUUUGUUUGGAAGUACUAGCUUUCGGAGCAUUGCUCCUUCAUCAGGUAAC